GAGCACAGCGCCGCCCUGCGAGUCUGCUCGGAAGAUCUGUCUGAGGAGGACAAUUUAGUAGAAUGACGGCACAUUUCCUUCAGAUACUCCAUUUUCAUCUGUAGUUACUAUUCCUAGUGCAUAUUUCUGGCAGGACGAAACUAUAACCAGCCAGUGAAGACAAGCGUGAACAUCUUUGGCUCUCCCCUGCAGCCCAGAAGGCAACACAAGUACACCCGGGGGACGUGGAUCCUGGAGGAGAAUGGACUUCCCAGGCCACUUUGAGCAAAUCUUCCAGCAGCUCAACUAUCAGCGUCUGCACGGUCAGUUGUGUGAUUGCGUCAUCGUGGUGGGCAAUCGACACUUCAAGGCCCACCGCUCCGUGCUGGCGGCUUGCAGCACCCACUUCAGAGCCUUGUUCACGGUCACAGAGGGAGACGCCAGUAUGAAUAUGAUCCAGCUUGACAGUGAGGUGGUGACAGCGGAGGCGUUUGCGGCGCUGGUGGACAUGAUGUACACCUCCACCCUCAUGCUGGGAGAGAGCAACGUGAUGGACGUCCUGCUCGCCGCCUCCCACCUGCACCUCAACAACGUGGUGAAAGCCUGCAAACACUACCUGACCACGCGCACCCUGCCUGUGUCCCCGCCCCGCGACAGACCGCCCCCUCCCCGCCAGCAGCAGGAGCAGCAGAGGCACCGGCAGCAGGCGGGCGAGAGCGCCGCCAACCCCGCGUCGGCCGCCAACGCUAACCUGGCCGCCAACGCCGCCACCUCCAAGCUGCAGCGCUCCUUCCUGCUGCAGCAGCUGGGCCUCAGUUUGGUGAGCUCCGCUUUAGGCGUGAUGGAGGAGGACCGGGCGGUGGAGCAGAGAGCCCCCUUCCCCAUCCGCCGCUUCCACAAGCGCAAGCCCUCCCUGGGCGCGGGCGAGGAGCCCCCCAGGCAGAGGCAGCGGCCCGCCGCGCCCGCCUUAGGGCUGCUGUCGCAAGGCCGAGAAGAAGGAGGGCUUCUGUCGCCCGACUCCCACAAAAUGGGGGAGCACUCCAAAUUGGAGGCGGGCGGACUGUGCGCCCCGCAGGACGACCCCCAGAUGCCGAGUCAGUCGGAUGGCGGGCGCUGCGAGGGGGAGGACUCAGGGAGGCCUCAGGCAGGAGUGGGCAAGGAGGAGGACAUGGAGGACGGAGACCCACAGGGCGACAGAGCGGGGAUGAAGAUCAAGUCAGGAGGCGAGGAGGAAGAGGAGGCAGACGAACAGAAGGUGCUGGUCAAACAAGAGCCGCUAAGUUCACCGGAGCCUGCGGACGAAGUGAGCGACGUGACGUCGCAGGCGGAAGGCAGUGACCCGGCCGAGCCUGCGGGCGGCGAGGAGGCGGAGAAAGUGGAGCUGAGCCCGGAGAGCAGCGACGACCGCGGCUUCAAUCCGGAACCGCAGCCCAGCUCUGACUCGCUGCUGCAGCCCGGCUCACAACUCCUUCUCAAGGCCAGCAUGGGAGGGGGCGGGGCAGGCUUCAGGUGCAGCAACGCCGUGAACAGCAAACCAGACUUCAGUAUUUCCAGCUUCCUUAGCCCGAAGGAUUUCGGGAGUGGCAGCGGAGGCUUGAUUGGUGGCGAGGAUGACCUUCCCAACACCACCACCGGGGACGCUGUGGCCCAUAACUUCCUGUUGAGGCAAGAGGCUCCUGGACUGCCCGGUUCUGCGCCAUCCUCCCUGCUCCAGUCUGACAGCGAAGGCCGUACUCAGUUCAGAGAGAACAUACAAGCCGACUCCCUUUUCCUUCACCCGCUGCAUGACGGUUUUGGGCACCCUAGAGGAAGUGGUGGCAAUCAAUUCAAUUUGGACUUCCAGCGCUCCAGUCUGGGGUUACAUUCCUUAGGACGGCCCACGCGUAGCGCCGGUGGGCCAACCCCCAGCGUGCUCGGAUACCCGGGCUACAGACGCGUCACCCCGAAGAUGACCAACGGCACGGGGCGGGAGGAGGGCGGCGUCCUCCAGGACCCCGCCUCCUCCUCGUCCAGCCUGGCGAGCCCCAUGCUCCUGGGCGAGGGCUCCGGGUACAACGUGUCGGGCGGCCGGCCCACGUCCCUCCCGCCGCAGCUCACCCGGGCCUCGGCGGACGUGCUGUCCAAGUGCAAGAAGGCUCUGUCGGAGCACAACGUCCUGGUGGUGGAGGGCGCUCGCAAGUACGCCUGCAAGAUCUGCUGCAAGACCUUCCUGACGCUGACCGACUGCAAGAAACACAUCCGCGUCCACACGGGGGAGAAACCCUACGCUUGCCUCAAGUGCGGGAAGCGCUUCAGCCAGUCCUCACACCUGUACAAGCACUCAAAGACCACCUGUCUACGCUGGCAGAACAGCAACAUGUCCAACGCCCUCCUUUAGAGCGCCUUCUCUUGCACCCGGAAUCAAACGGAGGAUGCUUGAAGGGGAGAUAAUGGCCUAGUAAUAACCUUCUGU